AUGAGUGUCCCCAUGGGUGGGGCAGCCGGAGUCGACUCGGCUUAUCAUUCUUCCGGAGGGGUCCAAGAUACUGUUGACCCCGCGGAUACGAUUUUGACGCCCCAAAGCAAAAUGUACCGUACGAUAGCCCUCACGGACGACCAAGUCAGACUUGUUUCAGAGAUGGCAGAAACGGUGAACAAAGAAUCCAAGGGUGAAGUUCUCGACCCCGAAGGAAGCAAAAGGCUAUACGAAUCACUGUCACGAGAAACUUUGAUGAAAGAGCUACGACAGCUUCACCUGCCACCCGGAAAAGUCGAAGUCACACGCAUGACGACCAAGGCCCGGAGGUUCGACGUGAAGGAUUCCGACGCUGUACUAGCGAUCGAGUUGGCGGAUUCAAAAGCAAAACGUUAUGCCCAGAUUCGCUCGCCUGCCGAUAUCCCCUACCAAUGGCCGAGAAACGAGGCGCCCAUCCUGACCAAGGAUUGGAGGUUGGAAAGUGAUGAAGAUAUCUACUUGUUCUUGUUAAAAUUCAAAGUAGAACGGUAA